UUUUAUCCGUGCAGUGAUUUGAAUGGUGUGAAUCACUUAUAACGGGGCAAUGGAUACCAUAACCAACAUUAAUAACCAGACGUAUGAAGAGCUGUGCACUCCCGGCGAUGGCUCGUAUUGUCCCCGACUCUCAAACAACACUCACGUCUAUAUCGAUAAUCCCAACGAUAUGUUGGAUCCGUUUCACAUUAACCCCGCAUUCCUGACGAUUGUGGUCACUCAUGCCAUCACAUUCUUCGUGGGCAUAAUCGGCAACUCUGUGGUGAUCGCCACGUGGGCCCGCGGGGGCAAACUUAGGUCAAGUACGGCCACGUUUCUGGUAUCGCUCGCCUGCGCCGAUCUGCUCCUCCUAUUCAUAUACGUGCCGUUGGAAACCCUGGAGUACUUUGUGAUCACGUGGGACACCGACGGCAACAUAUGUAAACUCAGCUCGUUUGUCGAGAUGCUGUCCGGUAUGGCCACCGUGCUCAAUUUGGUGGCCGUCUCUGUCGAA